UUUGUCGGGCCCGAGCAGCGGGUGCUGAUCACCACCCUGGUCGGCAUGUUCUACUCGGGCGGCAACGCCGUCAUGGGCGCGCUGGCCUGGGCGUUGCGGGACUGGCGGUGGCUGCUGCGGGCCGUGUACGGCGGCGGCCUCGUCUUCGCCAUCCCGCUGUGGUUCACCCCCGAGUCCGUGCGCUGGCUGGCGGCCGUCGGCCGCUUGGAGGAGGCGGACGCCGUCGUGGCCAGGGUGGCCGCCAUCAACAGGGUGACCGUCAACGAGACACUGAGUGGCGUGGACGUCGAAGCGGAGUCGGCAGUGAGUGAAGACAGUAAGUCGACGGAGAGCGCCGGAACCUUGAAAACGCUCAUCAGCGUCUUCAAAUCCAGGACCCUUCUCCUGCGGUUCAUCACUUGUGCCCUCUGCUGGCUGGCUAGCUGUUUCGUGUAUUACGGCCUGUUGUUAAACACAGUGACGCUCUCCGGCGACCAGUACGUCAACUUUGCGCUGUCGGGCCUGGUGGAGAUCCCGUCCAACCUGCUCUCCCUGUGGCUGCAGUACAACGCCGGCCGUCGCUGGUCCGUGGCCGGCACGCUGGUCGUGGCCGGGGUCUUCUGUCUCGCCAUCCUGGGCGUCCCAGCGGACAUCCAGUGGUUGGUGGUGGUGCUGUACAUACUCGGCAGGUUCACCGUCAUCAAUUCGAUCAACCUGCUGUACGUCGUAACCGCCGAAAUCUUCCCCACCAACGUCCGCCAGUCCAUGUUGAACUCCUGCAUGACGUUCGGCAGGAUCGGCGUCGUCCUGGCUCCGCAGACGCCCCUGCUGGCGACCGUGAGCGAGUCGUUGCCGCUGACGCUGUUCGGCGUCGUGUCGCUGUCCAGCGGGCUGCUCGCGCUGCUGUUCCCCGAGACCAAGGGCCGGCCGCUGCCGGAGACGCUGGAGGAGGCGGAGAGCCUCGGCGCGGACCAGGGCUGCUUCAGGGCGUGCUGUCCGUCGUGGUGCAAGAGGCGGCAGAGCUCGGAGGAACACAAGGACGUAUAGGCGCCCUCCGCACCCCCGACGCCGAC